AUAUCGCCAGCGCUUCAACUGUCAACCAAACGUCAAAAUGUCAAAUAUGUAUCCAAUGUUUUUGUUCUGAGAUUUUAAAAUAAUGGCAGAAUCAACUAAGAGCUUUAAUUCAGAUAAUAACCAAAUUAACUUUACUUACAAUGAUGUGGCAAAGAAAUUAUUGAAGGAUAGAUUGCUGCUAACAGCCCUGGAGUUGCAUACGGAGCUCUUGGAUUCGGGCAAAGAAGUGAGGCAACUGAAAGACUUCUUCUCUAAUCCUGGCAACUUUGAAUUACACACACAGGAGUAUACCUCAAGGAUAUCAAGAUCUGGUAGUCAAACAACAUUAGAUAGUUUAGAUUUUACAAGAUAUUCAGAAGAUGGUGAAAGGGGUGGUGAUGAAAGGGUAGCUGUUCUUGAGUUUGAGCUUAGAAAAGCCAAGGAAACUAUUAGUGCUCUAAGGAAUAAUUUAACUGUAGCAACAGAAUCUGAAAAAAAUUCACCUGACAAACAGUCAAUAAAGUGCUUAAACUCAGAUGGCAUUAAACCACAUGAAAAGAGAGCUUUAAAUUUUUUAAUAAAUGAAUACUUAUUAUUGCAUGGAUAUAAACUAACAUCUAUAACAUUUUCUGACGAGAAUGAGGAUCAAGAUUUUGAAGAUUGGGAUGAUGUUGGUUUAAAUAUUGCUAAACCAUCUGAACUAUUGACUUUGUACAGGGAAGGUUUGAAGCAGACUGGGCAUAAUUUAAUAUCUGCUUUUAGUCAAACUGAAUAUACACUUAAAGAAGAAGAAUAUCAGGAAUCCAUUAAGAACUUUAAACAAGAGAUUGAAUUGUUCCAAACCAAGUUGGACAAUUUAUAUAGUGAGAAUGAAAAGCUGUACAAACAAUUGGAGACUAGUCAGAAGCAACCAAGUGUUAGUAGCAAGAAUUCCAUAGGCAGCAAUUCCCCAGAGCAUUUUGAAAUUAUUGAUAAAAGCAAUUUAAAACAAGAAGAUAAUUUAAUUGAGGAUGAUCUCUCAAAUAACAGUUCAAAUCCAUGUGAUUGGACUCAAGUUAGUAUUAACGUCAAUGAUGAUAAUCCUAAAGAACCAUGCAAAGAAAACUUUACAAAAAUGAAUUUGAUACAAAAGAGGUUGUCAAUGAAAUAUGAGAAAGAAUUGUACAAUUUAUGUCCAAUCCAUUCUGCAAUUAAUGUGGAAAAUGAAGCAUUGGAAAGUGUUUUGAAAGAAGUACCGAGCUUAGAUUCUAUUGUUAAUGUGAUUUCCGAAUCAAUGCUUAAGAUAAUUCCAAACAUUAUUCUGAAUAAACGCGAAGAAGCUAUACCUUUGCUGAUCUGCGCUGUUCAUCUUAAUCCGAAUUCCACGGUUCGAGAUAAGCUUCUCCAACAGUUGUUUAAUCUUAAAAAGAAACCAUUGGAUAUAGAACGUUCUUCGAUAUUAGCUGGUAUAUCUGCAAUAGCUAAAUAUACCAAAGAAACUGUCGUUGAGAAUGAAUUAUUACCACAAUGCUGGGAGCAACUGACACAUAAGCAUGUUGAAAGAAGACUGCUAGUCGUCGAAUCUUGUCGAGUUUUAAUUUCUCACGUUUCGGGACCUAUAAGAAAUUCGUUGAUGUUAUCAAUGCUGCAACAAAUGAUGGACGAUAGAGAAGAGAUUGUACGUAAAGAAGUGGUUUGUGUUUUAGCGCUCGUUGUAGCCUUCUGUGAUGAUUUAGAUAAGUAUAGUCAGUGCGAAGAUUUAGCUUUCGCUACGUUAAAGGAUACCAGCUGCAAUGUGAUUGAUAGUUCUAUAAAAAUAUUGUUCCCUGUGCUCGCAAAAUGGGCAUUGGACAUUGGUCGAUUGAAGUCAGAUUUGAUCAAAAACCUGCUGCACAAAUUAAACAAUACUUUAAAGAUGCUCAAGAAUGAAUCUCCGUCGAAAGCAAUUCCAUCACCAGAAAUGGCUUUAAAAUUAAUACAAGUUAUAAAUGAACUGUUGCCUUUCAUACUGAUGUUCGUUACCGACAACGAAAUUGUUUUGGAUCGAGUGGAGACAGGCAUGAAAAUCGAUCUGACACCAGAAUUGUCGAGCGUUUGCUCUUCUGUUACAAAUCCAGCAAUUUUUUAUGACAGUGAAGUAGAUGUUGGCAUGAUUUUAUAUGAAUUCGAUAAAUUGAUUGGGGAGGAUGAUGAUUGUAAAUGGGACGAAUUGGAAUGGAUUACCAACAUUGUUUUUCCAGAUCUGCUGAAUAGCUUAAAUCACAUAGACAUAACGCAACAUGAUUUAUUGCAGGCUUUCAUAGCACUGUUCUCAAAUUUCUGUAAAACCUUCGGCAAGGCGUUUUCAUCGAAGAGAAUUCGACCGCUGUUCCAAACGCACGUUCAGAAUUUGGAGCAAAUCCUGUCCAGCUUCAAUCAAUAUUCGCCGAGUCUAAAUAUAAUACCAGUAUAUUUGGUAUCAGUUUUGAGUUUUUGCGAUCCGGAGAGCGCCGGGAAUGUGUUGCGAAGAUUCCUGUGCGCUCUGCCUCUUUGCGGAACUCCGCUGGAUUGCCUGGAGAUCAGUGUUCGAGGUCUAUGCGAAUUGGGUUUGCAGGAGAUCGUCGUUCAGAGUUUAUGGGAAGGUGUCGUGCAUCAGAAGCCGUUGGUCAGGGGUUUCACGGCCGGAUUAUUCGCAACAAUCAUAUCCCUGUGCAACGAAACGCUUCUGAAUUCAAAAGUUACACCGGCUCUUGUUACUCUGGCGAAUGAUAGCGAUGCUUUGGUCAGAACUGCUACAAUUCCAGCUUUGGGUGCAUUGAUCAUCGAUUGUUCAAUGACCGAACUUCACGAUAAAUCGUAUAUGCAGCUGCAAAUGUUUCUGUCGGAUCCAGCUACCAAGGAGAACCAUUCGUUGUUAAGACAAUUGGUUGUGACUAUGGGGAAUAUUGUAAUCGGAUGCAAACCAGCAUUUAGACAAGAUGUUAUUUUGCCGCAACUAACAUCGAUUUCAAUCUACAUGUUUCAAACGCCUAGCCAGUCGAGGAAAGUAGACAUGGCCGUGGCUUUGAUCGAAGCCUUCUCGAAUGUCACUUACAGUCCCUUAAACAACAAUGCUAUCAGCAAUUUAGUUUUACCAGGAUUAAGGUAUUUGGAGCAGGCUGUUACUGAAAAUCAAGCGUUGAUGCCGCAUCGCGAGGCUGUGAUCACCAUGAUCAAGGAAUGUGAAAACCGCGUCGACCUGACGUCUCCACAGACGCCUACGGAUAAAGGCAGCAAGAUUAGUCAGAAUGUGAAUCAAGGCGUUGAGGAGAUGAAGCAGAGAGUGAGCAAGAUAUUCAAUAAGCCUCCAAGUGGUAAACAAGCGAGUCUACCGAAUUUGCAGAGCUUAUUCAAAAAGAAAUAAUUAGCUUUAAGUUUCAACCGAGAUUGAAUUAACAAUAAUUAUAAUAAUGUAUUUUUAUAUUAGGAAUCUCU